AUGGCCUUUGCCAUCUCCAUCAUGGAGAUACUGUCAACGGCAGCUGGUCAGGCCUUUUAUUGCUACAGGAGCUUCAUGGUCAAGAGGCGUCGAGGCCAGAUGCAGGCCUUGGAACUGCUGGGGGACAUUCUCAAGGACCGGCCUCAGGAGGCGGAUGGGAUUGACUCGGUGAUCGUGGUUGACAAUGUUCCUCAGGUGGGGCCCGACCGGCUGGAGAAGCUCAAAAACGUCAUCCAUAAAAUCUUUUCCAAGUUUGGGAAAAUCACAAACGAUUUUUAUCCAGAGGAGGAUGGAAAGACAAAAGGGUAUACGUUCCUGGAAUACGCCUCCCCUGCCCAUGCCUUGGACGCCGUGAAAAAUGCAGACGGCUACAAGCUGGACAAGCAGCACACAUUCAGGGUCAAUCUCUUCACUGACUUUGACAAGUAUAUGACGAUCAGCGACGAAUGGGAUAUUCCAGAGAAACAGCCCUUCAAAGACUUGGGAAACUUGCGUUACUGGCUCGAGGAGGCAGAGUGCAGAGACCAGUACAGUGUCAUCUUUGAGAGUGGGGACCGUACUUCUAUCUUCUGGAACGACGUGAAGGACCCUGUCUCCAUCGAGGAGAGAGCGAGAUGGACAGAGACCUACGUGCGCUGGUCCCCCAAGGGCACCUACCUGGCCACGUUCCACCAGCGAGGCAUAGCUCUCUGGGGGGGAGAGAAGUUCAAACAGAUCCAGAGAUUCAGCCACCAGGGGGUUCAGCUCAUUGACUUCUCGCCUUGUGAGAGGUACCUGGUGACUUUCAGCCCCCUGAUGGACACUCAGGACGAUCCUCAAGCCAUCAUCAUCUGGGACAUCCUGACCGGGCAGAAGAAGAGGGGCUUCCACUGUGAAAGCUCAGCCCAUUGGCCCAUUUUUAAGUGGAGCCACGAUGGUAAAUUCUUUGCCAGAAUGACACUCGACACGCUUAGCAUCUAUGAAACUCCCUCUAUGGGUCUUUUGGACAAGAAGAGUUUGAAGAUCUCUGGUAUAAAAGACUUCUCUUGGUCUCCCGGUGGGAACAUCAUAGCUUUUUGGGUGCCUGAAGACAAAGACAUCCCGGCCAGGGUGACCUUGAUGCAGCUUCCUACCAGACAGGAGAUCAGGGUCAGGAAUCUCUUCAAUGUGGUGGAUUGCAAGCUACAUUGGCAAAAAAACGGAGAUUACUUGUGCGUUAAAGUGGACAGGACCCCGAAAGGUACCCAGGGCGUCGUCACGAAUUUUGAAAUUUUCCGAAUGAGGGAAAAACAGGUGCCUGUCGACGUGGUGGAAAUGAAAGAAACCAUCAUAGCUUUUGCCUGGGAACCCAACGGGAGCAAGUUCGCAGUGCUGCACGGGGAGGCUCCUCGGAUAUCUGUUUCCUUCUACCACGUGAAGAACAAUGGGAAGAUUGAACUUAUCAACACCCUUCCCAAGGCGGGGGACUACAAGUGGAACGCGGGGACGACCCACUGCCUCCCGCGCCGCCUCACCUUCCUCGCUCACAUCGUCCACGAAGUCCUCGGGGAACUAGUGGAGAGAAGACGCACCAUGAUGGAAGAUUUCCGAAAAUACCGGAAAAUGGCCCAGGAGCUCUACAUGGAGCAGAAAAAUGAACGUUUGGAGUUGCGAGGAGGCGUGGACACGGACGAGCUGGACAGCAACGUGGAAGACUGGGAGGAGGAGACCAUCGAGUUCUUCGUCACCGAGGAGAUCAUCCCCCUGGGCAAUCCGGAGUGA